CGGACUCGAGAAAAUUGAACUUAAAAUGGUGGAUUUCUCUUUUGUCUCCUCUACACGCUUCAACAGAAAUGGACGCAAUUGAUUCAGUAGUUGAUCCAUUGAGAGAAUUCGCUAAGGACAGUGUUCGUCUCGUCAAGAGAUGUCACAAACCUGAUCAGAAAGAAUUCACAAAGGUGGCAUUCCGUACUGCGAUUGGUUUUGUUGUGAUGGGGUUUGUUGGGUUCUUCGUCAAAUUGAUUUUCAUCCCUAUCAAUAACAUCAUUGUUGGAUCUGGUUAAGACAUUAGGAAAUAGAAGUUAUAUGGCUUUAAAGAGCAGAAGUUAGGAACCUGCAAGGAUGCUAAACUACACGGUCUCAGGCUUCUUCUUUGUGUAUCUUCUUUUUGGACAAAGCUCCUCAUCUGUUAAACAUAUUUAAGAGCAACAGUUAAAUUCAUUUUACUUUCUUUUUCUCUUUUAGGAAUAACAUUGAAAUUAGUUCCUUUUCUUUUUUCUGUUUACCCUUAAAUAUAGAGUGUAGAAGGGGUAACUCUCUCACCAGUUUCUGGUUCAACUGUAUCUAUAUUUGAAGGUUUCGUUUGUUGGGUUUAGGUGCAUCAGCUCGGAGUGCUAAACUUUCUUGCCACCUCGGUUUAUCUU